UUUUAAUCUAUCAAUCACAAUUUAUUAAAUAAAAACAUCUUCAAAACCACGCGUUUGCCUUUGGUUGCAUAUGCACAUUAAAUGGUGGCGUUUAGCUGUCAAACUGCUAAAUAUACAAGAAGGAUGAGAGACAAAAGAAAAUAUGAUAUAACCCAGUCAGCAUUAAAAAUAUAAACCUUUCCAUGGAAAAUAUGUAUUUACUGUCCCUGCGGCUCCUUUCGGGUGUUGGGUAUGGUUGUAUUUCUAAGUAUAACGGUGAAUUUCAUUUUGUACGCGAAAUUUAUAUGAACUAUUUCAUUUCGAUUGCUGCACAUAUUUUUUCGAUUUUUCUUAUUAAAAUGGCUGGUAAGUAGUUAACGUAUAUAAAAAUUGCCCAUAAAUGCAAUUCUUUUGUUUCUAGAUGAACGUCCUUCCACAAGCGCAAGCGCAAGGGAUUACAAUAAAGGCGGUGAAUGGAAUUUUGCGCGUUUGGUGUUGGAGUUGAGGACCCAUGAGCAGGGGACUCAAUUCGCGGAGGAGCACGGCUUGAUCCCAAAUACAAGGGUUUGCCCCUUUCAUAAGUUACCUAUGAAUAGGCGAAAGGGUGGCAAGUUUGGGUUUUUCGUAUGCCGGCGGGGAAAUUGUGCCAAAAGACCCCGCGUAUCUGUAGCUGCAGGGACGUGGUUCGAGGGGGUCCGUAUAAGCGUGCCCCACGUGUACUAUCUCAUGUACGCCUUCGUUGAGAACUUCAGCCGAGAAAUGGUUCUGCGCCAAGACCACGUGAAAGAACAAAAAACUCUCUCAUCUGCGACUAUCACCGACUGGUAUAGCUAUUGUCGAGAAGCCGUGGUAAUAUACCAGUUGGACCACCAAGAAGCCAGCGGAAAAAUAGGUGGUCCGGGGAAGAUAGUCCAGAUUGACGAGAGUAAAUUUGGAAAACGCAAGUUCAAUAAAGGCAGACGAGUGGAGGGUCACUGGGUCUUGGGCAUGAUCCAAGAUGGCAGCGAGGAUCUACGCCUGGAAGUAUGCCCAGACAACUGCAGGUCAGCGGAUAUUCUGAUUCCGCUGAUCAAGAAGCAUGUGGCCGAGGGGUCGAUCAUAAGGACGGAUUUCUGGCGCGCAUAUGAUUGCCUUUCUGAUCAUGGUUUCACCCAUCAGAAGGUCAAUCAUAGCGACGCCAUUAAUCCGUUUAUCGCAGAAGACGGGACCCACACACAGCGGAUAGAAUCGCAAUGGAGGGUGGUGAAGCGAUUCUUUUCUACGCGGAAUUACAACCACACCGGUAAUUUCGCUGAUGUGGUAGUGGAGUACUUGUGGAGGCGUAACACAAAAAAGGCCUAAAAGGAUAUGCUUUUGGCAUUAAUAGAGGCGAUUAAAUAUGUAUACAAUUUAGAAUUGAAAAAAUAAAUUGUUCCACUCAA